UCUGUUUCUUUUUGCAAUGGCGCAUCUCACAACUGACCCGACCAACGUGGCUCGCUGGGUCGUCGUUUACCCAAUCUACAUCAACUCGCGCAAGACUCUCGAGCAAGGCCGACGACUCGGCGUUGGCUACUGCUGCGACAGCCCCACGGCACAGGAGGUUGCCCUCGUCGUCAAGGCAAACCUCAAACUCGAGUGCAUUCUGGAGUGGGAGAAGGCCUAUCCUCGCGACUUUAUGCAGCGCGGUCGCGUUCGUGUCCAACUCUUUGACGCCAACAAGAAGCCGCUCAACUCGGGCAUUCCCAAUCGUCAAACCCUUCUCAAGUACAUUGCUCUGCAAAUAAACAAAAUCCCCAACCGCACGCUGCCGCCGACCGACGAUGCGGCAAUCUUUGCGCAAUUCGUGCCAACAGCCACAACAUCAAGCGCCAGCGCCACUCCUCCCGCAAAUGCCAGCGCAGGCGGAAACACAAACAACAAGAAGAACAAGAAGAAGAAGUGAUGCGCGCCUUCCUCGCAUGAUGAUAUACGUGUGUGUUUGGUCUGUGUACAAAACGAGCCGUUUGUGUGUGUUUGCAUUUUACAACAUGAUUUCUACA